UCGAACGUAGGCCUAACACUGUCCCUGAUGGGCGUGGUCAUCGUCCUAAAGGGUCACGAGGACAACCUUCCUCCUAUAUAUACGUCUCCUGAGGCCUCCUUCGCCAGACUUGAUCUCAGGUGCUUGCGGCGACAUGGGUCCUCUUAAUCUUUUGCCUUUGUUGGUGGCGGGAUGCUUGGCCGCCCCCUCAGACCUCCUGAGCUUGCCGGCGUCUGCUGGCUUACACGUCUCCUCCUCGGGUCCCCUGGAGGUGAAGACGGUCCAGAUCCCCGCGCCCUUGGCUGUGGCUCCUGCUGUGGUUCCUCCUGCGCUCACCUUUACCUCCGUCGCCGAACAGGCCUCAGAAGCUGAGCUGAAACAACACCAGAUUUCUGUCCCUGCCUCCGUCGUCAUCAACCCCGCGCUUCCUUCGGCGGCGGUCAUCCCCCCCACCUUCGCCGCUGCUCCUGCCGUCGCCGUUGAUGGGGUUUCGGUCGUGGCCUCUGCUUUCGCCCCGUCCAACGUGCGCCUUGAUGUGGCCGCGCCCGUGCCCUUCGGCGACGCCCCCGCCCCCGAACAGCUGGUGCAGCGAGUGCCUGUGAAGGUGGCCGGCCGCCCCGUCAUCUCGCACACCCCCCAGGUCACCGAGGUUCGGCCCGAGCUCAAGAUCAUCGACAAGACCUACGACGUGGCCGUGCCCAAGCCCGUCUACGAGACCAAGGAAGUGACUCCCAUCGAGCACAAGUUCGUGGCCGAGCCUUAUGCCGUGCCCCAGCCCUUCGCCGUGCCCCAGCCUUUCGCCGUGCCCCAACCCUAUGCCGUGCCUGUACCUGUUGCAGAACAAGUGCACGUGCAACACCACGUAGCUGCUGCUCCUGUUGCAGGCCAAUAUGUAGCUGCUACUCCUGUUGCAGGCCAGUAUGUAGCUGCUACUCCUAUUGCAGGCCAGUAUGCAGCUGAUGCUCCUGUUGCAGGCCAGUAUGUAGCUGCUGCUCCUAUUGCAGGCCAGUACGCAGCUGCUGCCCCUGUUGCAGGCCAGUAUGUAACUGCUGCUCCUGUUGCAGGCCAGUAUAUAGCUCCUGCAUCCGGCGUCCUGCACCACAGUCAGUCCUUCCCUCUUGUCAGUCCUGCCGUUCAGACUGCAUCUGCGUAAUCUAAACAAUUGCUACUUAAAAUCUCCAGCUAAACCCUGAAGAAUUUGUAAACACAAAUGGAAUUCUCGUAAUUCGCACGAUUGUAUAGUAAUAAAAUAAACAGUCUGUCAAUCCUCA